AAAGUGAUCACUUCAGUGUACACAUCAGCACAUUACAUUCAGCAUCUUGCUUUACACAGAGGAAGAGUCUCACACAAAUCAGACAUGUGCUUCAAGACCAUACUUUGGUUUGUCAUGCUGUUCAGGACAAUAUAUGCUGCUGAAGAACUAACGAUCCAUCAGUCUGACUCAGUGAUCACAGCUCAGCUUGGGGAGUUGGUGACUCUUCAGUGCAACUUUACCCAAGGGAGUCAAUACAUGUUCUGGUACAAGCAAAAGCCAGGGGAGAGGCCACAAGUGAUGGUUCGAGCACACGUUUUAUCAGACAGUGAGUUUCAGAUAGGGUUUAGUGAACUUGAUUACAGCAUGCAGAGGGGGGGUAGUGUCUUCCACCUGACUAUAAAAAACACUACUGCAUCGGAUGAGGCAUCCUAUUUCUGUGCAACUAGAGAUUCAUAUGUUACCAUAUUCGGAAAUGGAACGUUUCUGGUAUUGAGAGAUAACAGAAACCACAGAUUGGAUUUAACAGCAGUGAUCCAAACUCCAGUACCAGUCCCAAUUCACUCCAGUGACCCUAAGACCGUGGUGUGCACAGUAUUUACCGAAACCAGAACCAAAGAGCUCAGUGUGUUCUGGUUCAGACCUGCUUCAGGGGGAUCCCAUCCCAUGAGCAUUUACAUAGAGAAGAACUGCAGCAAUUCUCAGAGUUGUGUCUACAGACUGCCUAUGGGACAAACACCUGAUUCUGGAACCUUCUAUUGUGCUGUUGUCUCUUAUGGUCAACUACUAUUUGGGAACGGAACAAAACUGGAUAAAAAACAAACAGAGCCAAUGGACCCUGUAAUUGUUAGUUUGGGAGCUGCAUUGGCCCUGUGUAUUGCAGCACUAAUCCUCCUGGCCUAUGUAAGAUAUAAAAAGACUACAUGUAAAGACUGCAAAGUGAACACCACACAGGGCCACAAGCCUUUGAGGGCACAGUCAAUGGGCCAGGACUGUGAUGCAGAGAUGCUCAACUAUGCAGCCCUGCAGUUCACUGAGGGGAGGAGCAAGACUGGCAGAAAGAAGAGACCGCCACCGCAGGAAAGCACCUACUCUGAUAUCAGAUCAACUAGGUCCUAAAUUCACUCCCCUUUUCAGAUUAUUUUCUCAGAUUACCAAUAGAUUAUGCUGAUGUUCUAGAAUGCACUAACAAUAACUUAGAUUGUUUUUAUGUACAGUGUUUAGUCAGGUCAUUGAUGGAGUAUCUGAGAACAUUAAGCUCUCUGACUUGCAAGUUCAAAUGUAUUGCCAUAUACAUGACAAUAACAGUCAGUGGGUUGCAGCAGCAACAGGGCAGUUCUUCAGACCACUCCACAACUGGCCCUGAGAUCUAGGUCAUCAUGAGUAGUCUUGAUUUCUAAUCAUAGGCUUUGUUGACUUUGUAGCUGAACUGAAAGAGCAUGAUGCUAACAGCUGCUGCAUACACAUGCAGAGUCCAAUCAAGUCUUUUUUCCAGCUCCAAACACCCUAUUUUAGAGUGCCUCUCAGUAUUCACUGUUGCCAGGUUAGCAAAGCUUUCUGCAACCACUUCCAUUAUGCUCACACUGUUGACAUUGUAUGUCCUAUCUUUCCUCCAUUUUGGUUGGCCAGUAAGUUAGCGUUUGCAAAAGAUAAACAGGUAGGGAAGAAACAUGUUAUUGUUUCUGUCUGCACUGAGCUAAAUGUACUAGAAAUAGGUGCUGCAGCACAAAAAACAUGUAUGAUGGACACAGACCAAUGUCAGUGUCAAUCAUGCAGUGUCUACCUACAAAAAGCGUGCACAAGGCUCUGUGAAUUGCAUGUUAGAAUGUUGAUGUUUUUUUUUUUAAUUGUAUGUGUUAAUGUAUUAUGCUCUGUUGCAUGAUGAAUAAUGUUCUAAUAAAUAAACAUUAUGAAAGUA